AUGGCACAUUCUGCUGAACCAAACAACCCAUGCAAACACUGUGCCGUUUUCACAUCUGACCACUCUGAAGCCUUCACCGCAUCAUAUUGUAGCCUUGAGCUUGACUACGAAAGGGUUGACAUCUUCCCUGAGCUCCCCGAGCUUGAGGCUUCUGCUAAAGAUGGCUGUGUCUUUUGUGGGCUCCUGCGGUCCUCAUGUCGAUUAUACUGCCCAGGGGACGAUGCAUUUAAUGGCAAGAAUCCAUAUGAAGGAAGAGUCCAGAUCCAUGGAGCUGCGUUGAGCACGAGUGCGCCAGAGAGAGGAAUAACAACCCUAGCAUUCAACAUCCGCCCAAUAGAUACUGCUGAUUCUUUAGACUAUGUUCCGAUAUACUUCAAUUUUUAUUCAUGCGAAGAUACGCCGGCUGGAAGUCAGAUCAAGCAACCCGCGCCGCUGCCCACGCCCCUUGAUCCUCAAAAUCUGGAACGAAUGAAGAACUGGAUUGAAGAAUGCAAAGGCUCGCAUGGGAAAUGCCAACAACAGCAAGUGCCCCACUUGCCUACACGUGUCAUUGACGUUGGCCCGCCAGAUGGAUCGCAUAAUCCACGGUUGCUCAUUACAGUUGGCAUCUCAGGAGAUUACGUAGCACUUAGCCAUUGUUGGGGGCCACCAUCAAAGGUUCAAUACCGGACACUUCUAUCAAACAUUGGGCAGGGGUUACAAGGGAUACCGAUGUCUAGCCUGCCCCGGAAUUUCCAAGAUGCAAUAACUGUCACCCGAGCAUUCGGGUUAAGGUAUCUGUGGAUUGAUUCGAUGUGCAUUAUUCAAGAUAGCGAAGAAGACUGGGGAUUGGAGAGUAAGCAGAUGGAUACUGUCUACGGUGCUGCAUAUUUCGUUAUUGCCGCCACAUCAUCAUCCCACAGCGGCUCCGGGUUUCUCGAACGUGAACUUAAACCCUCAGUUCAGAUGGCCCUCCGCUGCCCAGAUGGUUCUCAAAUUGGGCAUUACUCCAUUCGCCCACAAGCAAAGGCUGGAAGUGGUGCGUGGUUUCAGGACGUUGGAAUGUCACCCUGGAACAUCCGUGCCUGGACGCUCCAGGAACGCCUGCUUGCAAGGCGGAUCAUUCAUUUCACGACGGAAAAGAUAUACUUUGAGUGUUAUAGUAUUGAUGCUUCUGAAGAAGGUGAUAUAACACGGGAAGUGCCAUCGGAACAGUACAUGUACAUGGCUUCCCUCGAACUGAAACAUCUCCUUGGGCUCACCCAGCAACUAUGGACAAUCAAAGAAAGAGAUGGCUAUGAAACCGCUGCUUAUAAGGCGUAUAUUCUCUGGUACACACUAGUUGCGAUGUACACAGGGCGCCAGCUCACCUUCGAGUCCGACAAAUUUCCAGCGCUUGCUGGGCUUUCGACUAGAAUAGGGGCCUUACUCAAUGACGAUGACUAUUUAUUUGGCCUUUGGCGGAAAGAUCUCUGCAAUGGCCUAAUGUGGCAGCCCAAUAUGAUUAAUUUCUCACAAGGCUAUCCAAGAGUCUCAAAGGGGGUGUUAAGUCAAGCUCCAUCUUGGUCAUGGGCCGCUUACACGGGCGGUGUUUCUUAUUGCUACACGGCACUUGUGAAGGAUAGACAGGGGCAAAGCCUUCGUAUUAUAGACGUCGAUCCGCGGACGUCUGGCUUUACUCCACCGCCAACAGAUACCCCCGCAAAACUCAAGGUCUCCGGGCUCCUAAAACAGGGGACUAUUUUUCGGACAGGAGAAUGUAGGGGGCCUCAAGUUAGGCUUAAGCUCAUUGGGGAAACUGGAGGGUCAUGGGAUAAUCGCGUGAAGAUUAACAGCAAGGAGGUCGGUAACUGCUCACUAGAUUGCCGGCAUCCCUCGCUGAUAGGCGAGGAUGUAUGGCUGCUUAAAGUCAUGAACAGAGAGGUGGAAAACACAGACGAUUAUGGUGUACCGGCGGGCUUAAUCUUAGAAAUGGUUGAGGAGGGUGUGUUUCAGCGGGUUGGCCUUUUCAAUUUGGAUUUUGAGCAUGAGAGCGUGUUUGACGAUGAGGAAUACCGAGAGCUAUUGAUAAUUUGA